AUGAAAGCGGGGCAAAAGAUACUGUCUGUGCCGGUUGUAUGGGAGUGUCAGGAUCGAAAUGGACAAAGUCGCAAAAUUUGCGAUGCGUAAAACGUAGGGCACGUUGUAGGGCCUGUGUUGGCGGGGAGCAGACAAAGGUGAACGAUUGUUACCCUGUUUAAGGGUAUACAAUGUGCUGCCAGACGAGUAGCAUGACAGGAGCAGUCUUCUUUACCCAAACUAACAGCAUGAUAGACUGGAUUUGGGUGCUCCCGAAGUUUGUCAUGCGCCAGUUGGAGACUGAGGCUCCAACUGGCGUCGAUUUUGAGCAUCACAGAUUUUUCGACUUUGUCAAUUUCGAUUUUGACGGUUCCAUAGCUUGACAAAGAAGCGGCGCAGGAGGUUUACAAAGGCCUGGUCCAGCGAGCGAUCAGCACAGGGCACAUUUUCGGAGAAGAGGAAUCGCAACACGCCCGACUGGGCUCUGUUUUGUUGGGAAAAAAAGACAGAGCGGAUCUGGAGAAGGCAAUUAUUGACUUUUUGCCAGACGAAUGGUUUCUGAAAGUUACAUGUUUUUCUGGAGUUGUGCACGACCAGCCGGAACUGAGAGACGAUAAGGACAAAGGGGUCCAUCUGAGCAAGACGCUGUAUGGGAUAAUUCUCAAGCGUUUUUACACUCUCAACAAUUCUUGUUCCGUUAUGCUGUCUAUGUUGUCGAAUUUGUAAAAGCGCAAGAGUACCUAGCAAAAAAAAAAAAUGCAUAUUAUUGGUAUAAAAUUUUUUUGCGCCCGCCCUUGCAUAAAGAUAGACUAAGUCUCAUGCUAUUUACUCCUUCAAGAGUUUGUCAUGCGAAGCAGUUUGGACAUGUGCUUAGAUAUUGAUGGCGAUUUGAUUGCAUGACAAUGUGACGCUUGAGGAUCCCAUAUUUUGGCGGCGCCUCCCCAGGACGAAGAGAUGUUGCGGCUCUCGUCCGCUGUCGCUGGAGUUAACAUGCAUGACGCUAUUUCUCACCGGUUUUUGGCGUCAAACAUUUUGUCUAUCGAGGAAGCUGCAGAGCGGAUCGUGCUGCUCUCUCCGAGCCGUGGGGACCGUGUAAUUCUCAACUAUGCAAGAAAAAAACUACUAAAGCUGAUGUGUAUUAUACUGUGUGUACGUCUGUGAUCAUCAUCAUGCAAAGCAUGCAACGCGAUUACAUCGAUCUUCCAUGCUAUAAAGUGCUCCGAGGUGGAUAUAUUUCCAUACAAUACAAUUAUAUGUGUUUUCACGUACAACAAGAAACGUCGGCGUGCGUGACAGGCUUUCAGUGGCAUGUUCUUGCAGAACGGAUAUCCUCCUACUGUUACCUGGAGGCUUGACCUACAUUGGCACAGUUUUUUUCUGGGAUAUCCACCGCGACCAAACCAUAAUGCAAGACGCAAGCGCGCCGGUUACCAAUCCUGUAUUUUUUACGACAUGCGGGAACGUAGGUCAUGAUCCUCACGGCCAAGGUCACGGGAACAAUAAAGCAGGGAACAAUACUAUCAAACUGGAGUGCAAACCACUGGAGUGGAAACCUCCCAUGGCUCCAGGAGCGGUGGAGAGACCACGGGGUUGGAUCGUAUAUCUGAACCCGGCUGUUUUCUUCUCGAAGAAAAAGUUCCUGCCGUCUCUAUCAAAAGGAAAAAUCCCCCUUCCCCAUAUCAAAACGGAAAUCUGUGAUGCAGAUUUGUUGUCACAAAUCAGCUUUGUCAUGCUACACGGGAAAAGAUGCGGACUGUAGUGCUGGGUGGCGUGGGGGAGCCUUGCAUCUUCAGCAUGAUAGGAGGCAGCUGAGAGUGGGAAACAGCAUAACAAAUUGCCUGCAAACGAGACCACAACUGCGGCUCUUGGCGUUCUAGCGUGACAAGUCGAUUUGUGACCUCAAAUCCUGCAUCACAGAUUUCCACUUCGAUAUGGAGAGGGGGGAUUUUUCCGUUUGAUAGUCUCUCCAGCAAGCGCAACGAGCUUUGGAUGAUGCGGUUGCGUUAUGGAUUGCAAAAAUGUCUGGGUCUGGAAGAAUGCAAGUUGUGAUGCUAUUUUUGGAAUCUAAAAAAAUCUGUAUUGCACGAGCAGCAAGAGGCGUCCAGUUUUUGCUCCGCGGAGAGGGCAUUUGUCAUGCGGGAUAGGCAUCAAGAUACCCGCAAAAAAUCUGUCAUGCUAGGUCAUGCAUUACAGGCCUCAUAGCCCAUGCGAAAUAUGCAUGACAAACCUGGAAAUCUUCCAGACCCAGAUACUUUUGCAAUCCAUACGCGUUUUUACACAGCGAGGUGGAGACGAAGUGGAUCGAAAUGGCGAUAUCAAAUGGAAAAAUGUUUUGACCUGGAAGAAGGUAAACUUGUCAUGCCGAUUUCCCACGACCCAUAAGGUCUGGAAUGCGGGACCUGGCAUGACAGAUUCCGUGAGAUCACUAUCAUGCCUAUCCUGCAUGGGAAACUGCCUUUGAACUUGAUCUAUCAAAAGGGCGGGACAGCAUUUGGUAAUCAUGCAACACAGAUUUUUGCAUGAUUCAGAUUUAGCAUGACAACUUCCAACCUUCCAGACCCAGACGCAGACACUUUUGCAGUGCAUAGGCGAGGGUGUUUCGCGAUUCCGGCAUUGAAAUGCAACUGCAAGAAGAAGAAAUAAUAAAUGGGGGGAUCGUUUCCGCUUCCGCUUCGCCGGGCUCCUGUAUCACACAGAAAAAAGAUGGCAGGACACAUUUGUAAUGCAAAAAUAAAUACACCAAAAGAGCUGCAUUGCAUAUUCGAAACAACAUGCUAUGGGGCCACCCAUGACAAAUUUUUGUGUGUAUUUAUUUUUGCAUUACAAAUAUGCCCUGCCAGCUUUUAUUUUUCUCUGGGAUAUCCUGCUUCCAGGGUUUGUCGCCCGCCGACAGGUUCAAAGUGUUGUCCGCGAUUGCCGACAACUGUAAUCCAUUUUUGCGCCUGGAUGGUGGGCAAUCUGCCAAGAGCCCACCUGCUCCAGAAUCAGGUGGAAAAGACAAAAACAUCCCAACUGCUGCUCUCCACCUACCUUCCGCUUCCGUUCCUGGCGGGAAGGCUGUGUCACUCAUUCUGGACGCGUCCGUUUACUUUCCGGGAGCAGAAGGGGCAAAGCUCUUCCACUGGCGGGAGAACCUUUUCCAGCGUUUAUUCGCCUUCCUCAACGAGCCACUAAAGAGUCUGAGCAUCAACGUGCCUUCCGGCGUGCCUUUGGUCCAGGAGUUGCGGUUUAGCUUUGGGGAAUUACUUUUAUUUGUGAACAGCUGUCGGAGAGGCAGGGCUUCUGAAAACGCGGAAUUUCGAUGGGAGGGGUCGGAGAAAGAUAAAGAACUCCUCGCUGCAGCAAGCAUGCAGCUGCCUGAUGCCGAAAGGCGGAGACUGGAAGCUCUUGGCGCUUUGCCACAACAAGCGAGUGCUAGAAGUGAUGCACUAGAAGAAGCUGCAGCACGACCACAACAAGCCUCCACCACCAGGUCCGUCGGUGACUACUCACCCGUUUCGAACAGCACGGAAGCCCGGAUGGAAGCGUUUUGGCAGGAAACAAUUCAACCGCUACUGGAGAAGUAUAUCGACCGCGUCCAGCGCAUGCCUUCAUUCCCAAAUCAGGCCACCUAUUUCCCAAAAAUGCUUGCGGGUACAGUUCUGAUCUGGUAA